AUGGAUGGAUUGUUUCUCCCGCAUAACGACGCAUUAGUAAUCUCUUUAAAUGCAUUACAUUUUAAAAUCAAACGUGUUCUGGUGGAUUUAGGGAGUUUGGCCAAUAUUAUACAAUGGAGGGUAUUGUAUCAAGCCAAACUUACCGGAAGCAUCAUUCCGGCCACAAAACUCCUCGCCGGGUUCAACCUAGCAAGCGUGACAAUCCAGGGAGAGAUCCUGCUGCCCACGAAUGUCGAAGGGGUAAUGAAGACGACCCUUUUCGAGGCGGUAGAUAGUGAUACCGGCUACAACAUUAUCCUGGGAAGACCAUGGUUGCACGAGAUGAAAGCUGUGCCAUCGACAUAUCACCAGUUGCUAAAAUUCCCAACUCCCGAGGGAAUUAAACAAAUAAUAGGUAACCAACCGGCGGCAAAGGAGAUGUAUGCAAUUUUGGUCUCCAGUAGCAAAGGGAAAGAGCAUGCAGCAUAG